AUGACUAAUGCAGGGAGUACAGGAAAAAUAAAACUUCUGAACGUGUUACUGUGGGUCAGAAAAGUCAGACCUACUGCAGCCGUGUUGAAUACUGUCAACGAGAGGUUGAACGUAGAAACGGCCAAGUAUCCCCUAAGACGGGUAGACGUUAAAACGUUCACCAUUCCUACAGGAACCCAAUCCAAAAUCAGCGAUCAUCUGUUUCAAGGGCAAAUGCCAAAACGAAUCGUUUUGGGUCUGGUAGGUAAUGACGCUUUCAAUGGCACUACCAACAAAAACCCGUUCAAUUUCAAAAACUGCAAAGUCAAAAGAUUAGAUGUCACCAUCAACGGAGAAACCAUCAGUACCCGACCCUUUGAGCCGGAUUUCGAGAACGACUUGUAUCUCAGAUCUUACUUGAGCCUGUAUCAAGGACUGGGAAAAUUCGGUGCCGAUUGGGCCCCAGGAAUUAGUUUCGACGAGUAUAAAGACGGCUACACCUUGUGGUGUAUAGAUUUCACCAAAGAUCAGGAGGCACAGCUAGACAAGUUUCAUCUGAUUGAAACAGGAAAUUUGAGAAUCGAAAUUCAAUUUGCAGAAAACACGCAAGAAACUCUGAAUUGUUUAGUCUACGCUGAAUUUGAUAACGUGCUAGAAAUCAACAAACAAAGAGAAGUCAGCACUGAUUAUUAA